AUGGUGACUCGAAUGGAGAGUCCCUUCAUUUAUGAUCUUGCAACGACCCGCAACCCCAGAUCCGCUUUCAGUUACACCAACUACCUUUUCGUGCGAAAACGAUUAGUCGAAUUCACCAACUCUGAUCGGUUAAACCCGCUCAGGCUGGAGUUCGAGGACUACCUCAGCUGGGCGGCAGGACACUUCAAGGACAAUGUACGAUACAGCAGUGAGGUGGUCGGUGUAGCACCGGAGAAGGGCGAUGGCCCAGUCAGGAGGUGGAACGUUGCCAUACGGGAUGCGAAUGGAAAGACGCAGGUGGUGCAAGCUAGGAGCAUUGUCGGGCCUUCGCCCUCGGGCAAACAUGACCGGAAGCCAUUGUCGUUGACGGGCGUCGACUUUCUUGCCGGACAGCGCAUCAUCUCUGUGGAUGACUACAAGUCAAGAAGAAACGACUUGCGAGGAAACAAUGAGCCACGCCUCAACAUCGCUGUUGUCGGCUCAAGCGAGCAGACGAUUGAAAUCUUGGACGACCUGCUGACGUGCCCGCGUUUGGGUAACAUCACGGUGGUGACGGAGAAUGAGUCUCUGGCUCCACUGCGAAUACUGGAAGGCGAACAGGAGCCACCGCAGCCGCGGCUUUGCUCCAUCUGGGCGAAGCCGUCGUGCGAACAAAAGUCGACAAUCACAGGAGCCUCGGAACUCGUACAGAACAUCUACGCCCGCGCAUACGAGAAGCAGGUGGCCAGCAAGGGCGAAUACACCCUUCGCGUCGUCGUCGGCAGCAGAGAUGCCGGCGGAGCAUGCUCCAACGCCAACGUCAUCAUUGCCGAGCAGGUACAGCGGAGCGCGUUUGCGAACAACGGCCUCUUCCACAGCCUCGAUGCUCUCGUGCUAGGGUGUCGGCAGAAGGGCGAUAGCCUGGAGGAGGUACAGUUCAAGCGCGGAGCGGUGGCCGACAGCUGCAAGGUGUGGAUGCUCUCGGCUCACUCUGAGGGCGGCCGCUCAUUGGCCAAGGAUAUUGCAAUGAGAGCCGGUGAGGUGGUGAGUGCGCUGGCGACAACGGAGGAGGGCCGCGAGCGGGAGGGCAUGAUGAUCGCAGCUAGGAUGUGA